GAAAAUAGUCACGUGAUAUUCAUUCAAUAACUUUCAAUUUAUUUGAAAAAUUACCAUAUCCGGGCAUCGGCGAAAUUAUUAUAGAUUUAAAAUAAAUUAUUUCAAUUUCAUGUAAAUAUUUAAUAUUAAUUUUAUACCAAAUAGUACAGUAUUUAUUUUUCAAAUGUAAAAUUUGGGUAUUUUAGUAUUUAUCUCGCACACGAAAAAAUCAAUACUUAGCACUCAAAAAAUCCUUAUUUCGAUUCGAAUCGUCAAAGUUGAGUGAAACAAAAAUUGUCAUCUCCUGUUUUCGGCAUUUUUAUCAUUAUUAAAUUAAAAAAAAAAAUGAAUCAAGACGAAACAUUUGAAAAACAAUUGGAAGAUUUAACAAGUUUUUUGGAUUCUUAUUGGAUUUAUGUGAUUGGAAUUGGAAUUGGAAUAAUCACAGCUAUAAGAUCAUACAUGGGUGGUUCAGAAUGUCCGUCAAAGGAGAGAAUAGAUGGAAAAAUUGUCAUAAUAACUGGAGCUUCGAGUGGAAUUGGAAAAGAAACUGCAUUGGAAUUAGGAAAACGUGGAGGUCAUAUAAUACUUGCAGUGAGAGACAUUGAAUCUGGAAAUAAAGUUGCUGAAAAAAUUCGUUCUUUUCCAAAUGGACAGGCGGAAGUUAAAUAUAUUGAUCUCUCGUCAUUAAAAAGCGUUCAAGAGUUCGUUAAAAAUUUAGAAACUGAUAGAGUUGAUAUUUUAAUAAACAAUGCUGGAAUUGCAUUUCAUCCUUUUGAAAAAAGCGAGGAGGGUUUUGAAAUGCAUUUCGUUACAAAUUAUCUCAGUCAUUUUCUUUUAACGAAAUUACUUUUGGAGAAAUUGCAAAAAUCUGAUCAAGGAAGAGUGAUUAAUGUUUCCGCUCAAACCCACUCGACGCCUUCCAUUGAACUUAACGAUUUGAAUCGAGAAAAAAAUUUCACGUCCAGAGAAGCAUACGCUCAAAGUAAAUUGGCUCUUAUUCUUAUGUCUCGUCACAUGAGUUCACUACUAAAAGAUGAAACAAAUAUUACCAUCAAUUCCCUCGAUCCGGGUUUCGUGAGGGGAACCAGACACAUGAGACGAUCCUUAAUAGAUUCUACAUAUAUUCUUAAAGCAAUAAUUCAGCCGUUAGUGUGGUUGCUCUUAAAAAAUCCCAUUCAAGGAGCGCAGACUUCAAUUUUCCUCUCGGUCUCUUCUGAUUUGUCGGAUCAAACUGGAAAAUACUUCAGCGAUUGUCAAUUAAAGGAACCGGGAGAAAAUGCGAAAAAUGAUAAACAAGCCAAAGGACUUUAUGAAAAAUCGUUAAAACUUGUGGAAAAUUAUACGCACACUUGACGGAAAAAAUUGUAAAUUAAACGAAUAAAAAUAAAGAAAAGAAAAGAAAAAUAAA